AUGGAGCCUUCUGUAUUUCAUGCGGCUGAUUUUCCUCCCUUGCGCUCACAUAGUGCUUCGCCUGUGGAUCCUCGCUCUGUACAUGAGGGAGUGGUGGUGUCUGCGGCGCCGCCCCCGCAGCCUACCCCUUCGUCUCCAAAGGAUUCUUCGCCUGUGCUCGCUCCUGCUCCUCUGCCCAUCCUGCUAUCAUCGUGGGAUCCCUCCCCUGUGCGGGCCCCUUCCUUGUCACCAGCUGCGCCUGCUGUCUCUCCGACUCCGGUGUCCCCAGUGGAUGGCGGCCUUAUCCUCCAUGUUGUUGAGGAUGCCCUUUUGCGCAGUCAUGUGCUCCCAGAUGUGGGGCGGCCUGCCGCUGGCUCUUCUCGGGUGCCUUCUGUGGGGGGCGAUAGUUCUGAUGACCUCCGACCUGUUCCGAAGCGUUUCCGGACGGACCAGGUUGUGUCGCGCUCGUGCGUGGGCGGAUGA